UCGUAUGGUAGUUUUAUUUUGGUCAGUCAGUGUGUCGAUUUCGGUCUGUGCUUUUAGAAUGUUGAGUCGACUCGGUAACCUGACAGGUGGAGACUGAGAAGCGCACAGGUGAACUGCCAUCGUUUACACGAUGAGCUACUACAGUGAUACGCCAAGUGUCGACGAUGAGUUGGAGUCGUUAGGAUGGUACCACUUUGACCUGUCCCGCCAUGCCGCUGAAGCUCUCCUCCUAUCCAAUGGGAAAGAUGGCAGCUAUCUCCUCCGAAACAGUCAUGAGGGUCCUGGCAGCUUUGCCCUCUCUGUCAGAGCCAAGGAUUCAGUUAAACAUUUCCAUGUGACACGGAAAAGCAGUGGCUACGCUUUUGGCUUCAAUGAGUUUGCGUCCCUCCAGGACUUUGUCAGCCAUUUUGCCAACCAGCCUCUGCUGGGCAGUGAGACAGGAACCCUCAUUGUUCUUAAAUGCCCAUAUCCAUGGCGUGUAGAAGAGCCGUCCAUCUAUGAGUCUGUGCGGGUUCACACUGCCAUGCAGACAGGACGAACAGAGAGCGACCUGGUGGCUAACGCUCCAUCGUUUGGAACAAAGGAGGGCUAUCUGGUCAAGUUAGGAGCAGUCGUAAAGAACUGGAAGCAGAGGUGGUUCACAUUAAACAGAAAUGAGCUCAAAUACUUUAAGGACAAAAUGUUUGAUGAGCCUAUUCGCACCAUUGAUCUGACAGCAUGCUCUGCAGUCCAGUUUGACUACUCCAAGGACAGAGUCAACUGCUUCUGUUUGGUGUUCCCUGAGAGGACAUUUUAUCUGUGUGCCAAGAGUGGUGUGGAGGCAGAUGAGUGGAUCAAGAUAAUACGAUGGAAACUGUCACAAAUAAGAAAAGGAAGAUGACAACAUGAAGAGGAGGAGCCAAAAGAGGCAUAUUCUCACAGUGAACUAAAUUACCUUAAGUCUGGUAGCUUGUCACUCCUGUUAUCCUCAGAGAUCCUUUCUGCUCCACAGAUGACUGGCUGUUAACCCAAGACAAAAGACAAUUGGGCUCUCUGACCAUCGAAAAAUGGCCAUGUAAUUUUCAGGACAUGCACAAUGACAAUGUUUUGGAUCUAAUCGUAUUUUUUUGCGCUAGAUUUGAGUUCUUCCAGGAAUUGUAUUUUCUCUAGAUUGAUAUCUUUCACUGGUUGACAUUCACUUGAUCUUAAUUUUACUUAAUUAACAAGAUGUAACCCUCAUACUGUGAAUAAAUAUUUAUUUUAAUAGAGAAACUAGCAACAAAUGAGUCAGUUUAUU